UUUGUAGGUUGAUAGAAUUGUUUCCGAGUGGAAAUUGGUGGCGAGCCCGUACACGACAACCGGUGGGGUUUAUUUUCCCUUGCCUAGCUUUUCGAACGCACUCGGUAAAGCAGAGCCAAGAAACCCGAGUUUUCCGGGCCCCCCCGCUGGCGUCAUCAAUUUCUGGGGCCAGCAAUUUUCCCAGCGGAAUGUGCGGCUUGACAUUUGCAUUACGCAGUUGAAAAGUUAAUAUUUCAUCGCACGGAAGAAUACAUACCGUGCUGAUAGUUAGCAGAAGAUGCGCAUUCGUUGUUAGGUGCGAGCAAAGUGACCCAGAUCGAACGGUUGGCGUGCAUAUUUGUUAUUUACGCCCCCGUCGUGCGUUACGAAGAAGACGGUAGGGCACUGUGUCGGGUACGGAACCUGUCCAGAGGACAUGGAGGACGAGUUGGAAGAUAAGAUACUGUAUCAAACGUUGUCCAAGUCGCACAUGAAGCUGCUUUCGAAGUUUGCAGUCGGCGUUACGCCGCUCAACAGCUCGCUCAGCUACGUCUGGAAAGUAAUGCGGGUGUACCUGUUAAAGCCGGAGGUGCUCAUCGCCGGUCUGCUGAUUUGUCUGUUCGUCCUGUAUCUGCAAGCAGCCGAAGUAUGGAGCCGCGGUUUCAUCGGACGCAUCAGCAACUCGCUCGGUCUGGGCGGGAAGGCUGGCGGACGGUCCGGGAAGCUUUCGAUGUUGGCCUCAGCUGCGGAAAAGAACAGCUGGGACGAGCGCACCACCGGAAGUGCCGUAUACGCCGUCCAAGGCCGUCGUGCAAAGAUGGAAGACAGAUUUGUGAUAAGUGAAAACAUUAACGGCAUAUCCCUGUUUGCGAUCUUCGAUGGGCACGGUGGUGAAUAUGCAGCGGAAUACGCCAAGAACGUACUGAUAAAGAACAUUCACCAGAAGCUGAUGCAAUCAUCGGCCAUCGCUGAUGGAAAGGAACCACCUGCACCAAAGUCGGGCCUUUGUGCUGAUGCGCAGGAAGCGAAGGCUGACGAUGAGAAAGACACGGAAAAGAGCUCGGAUAAGGAGCAGGAAGUAAAUGAGCGGUACAAGCUAAACGCGCACAACGGCAACGAUGAUGUUUCGGCAACCGUACAACGGCGGCAAAGCUUUCGCAAAUCAAAGACUGAGGAUACGGUCGGUACCGGUGGCGGAGGAACAGGCGGUAGCAAUGGAGGUGGUGGUAGUGCAGCAGUCAGCAGUAAUCAGCUGUUGGAGAAUGACCUGCUGAGCAAGUACAUGGGCAAUCAAUCGCCGGCAAGACAACAGGUGAAGAAGAACCUCCUGAACGGUACAUCGGGCAGUGGCCCUGAGCCGGUGAAACCGAAAACGUACGAUGCACGGUGCUACGUACAAAAUGGAAGCAUUAACUUUGGCAAGAUCAUCACUGAUGAGGUGCUGGCAGCUGAUUAUGAUCUUGUUGAGGCGGCAAAAAAAUUGUCAGAUUUUGCUGGAACGACCGCCCUGAUUGCCGUCAUUCAUCGCAGCAAGCUGAUAGUGGCCAACGUUGGCGAUUCGCGUGGAGUGAUGUGUGACUACAAGGGUAACGCGAUCCCAUUGUCUUUCGAUCACAAACCGCAGCAGGUACGGGAGCAGAAACGCAUUGCCGAUGCCGGUGGAUUCAUCGCUUUCAAGGGUGUGUGGCGAGUGGCGGGCAUUCUGGCCACAUCACGCGCCCUUGGAGACUAUCCUCUGAAGGAGAAAAAUUUGGUCAUUGCCAAUCCGGACGUCCUUUCGUUCGAUUUAAUCGAUCACAGGCCCCAAUUCCUGAUUCUUGCAUCCGAUGGACUUUGGGAUACGUUCACGAACGAGGAAGCGGUUGCGUUCGUUCGGGAACGGUUGGAUGAACCGCAUUUUGGAGCGAAAAGUAUCGCAUUACAAUCGUACAACCGUGGCUCGGUGGACAAUAUCACGGUGCUUGUGAUCGUGCUGAAGAAUGGUCGAUUCGAGAUUGGUUCAUCGAGUAACUAGGCAGGAGUCAAACCUACAUCUAACCUACUUGUUAUUCUACUGUAUUGCAUUAUUUUCACUGAUUUGUGUUUUAAUUAACUGUGCUAUCAAUGUGUUGUUUUUAUUUAUCGGCAAAGAUCUCUUUUACUUGAUGUUUUCCUCUCGAUCUUUGCACGUAUGAGUCAACCGUAUUGAUCAUUGAUCAUUGGCUGGCUUCAUUUCCACUUUUUAUGUGUUUAAUUUUAAUUUAAUCAAUGCUCCGCCCAAAGAAGAAAUCAAAACACACAUCUUUUCGAUAAGUAACAAUGGAUAGGUUAAAGGAAAGAUAAGGAGAAAUUAGUUGAUUUAAAUGCUAUUGGAUUACGCUAAGCUGUAAGCUAUCCUUUCUACAACGGUAAAACAAAAAGGAGAAGAACAGAAGACAGCUAAACUAAACAUACGAACAACAUAGAUGGUAGUAUUUUAGCGUAAAAUUCAAUAUUAUUGUAAAUCAAUACAUUUACCGCAUGACACACACUGGACGACACGUCUUUCGGUAUUGUGGUGUUUAGUUGCACUGUGUUUCUAUCUACUGAUUUUGUUAAGUGCACCCACCGAGUGCAUCCAUCCCUUAGUUUAGUGUGAGCAUUUUCAACGUAUUAUUCAGAAACGAUACGUAAACACGAUAGUAUAAGAUGUAACGUUAAUGUGGACGGGAAUGAUCUCCUCUCCUUCGAUGAUAUGAUUUCAAUAGAACAAAAAAAAAAGAUUUCGUUUCUUUGUUUUAUGUAGCGAACAAAAUUUGGGUACAAAUGUUUUUUGUUAUUUGGAUAAAAUCAAGAAACGAUAAAAAAUAUUUGCUCAAAACGAAUAGGAAAAAUUACAUAGGAACUUUUCAGUGAAAUUUUAUUCGAGCUUAUGCAUUAAGAAAGCGAACCACACAUUCUUAUGAUCAUUUGGUACACGUGAAGCUUGAUGCCUCCUAUUAGAAGAACAGGGAGGAAAUAUAGCUACCGCUAAAUAGAAUUGCUAGAUUGGUGCCAAAUUAAGAGCAAACACGAAUUACCGAUAGCCUCUAUAGCUAGGCACGACUUUCAAAUACUGUGCAGCUAUCGAUUUCUAGUGCAAAAUUUGUAAUUUAGAAACGUAAGGCAAAAUGCGCGUGUGUGCAAGAAGCUCUUGCACCUUUACAAUCAGUUUAGGGAAAAAGCUCUGUCCAAGCAGAAUGGUAGUGCGAAUUUUGAGCGAACGAACGAACUUACUUAAGAAAUAAGCGUAGUGAAAACGGAAAGCAGCUGUGUGGAAUAUGUGGAAGGAUUGUUAACACAUUAGCGAGGAUUGAAUUUUUUGCAUCAAUUUGUACGAUAAGAGGGGCUGUUGGGCCGUUGCUGUAUCCCUUUUUGCCCGGCCCCUACAUUCUCGACACUGUCAUUUAAUCUCUACUUUCUUAACAUGCCUUAACUCCACUUUAGAAAGACAAACAUGGUACGUAGCAGGGUGAACUAAUAAGUCACCACAACCACACACACGAAGCAUUGUUUCGAUAUUGUGCAAGUGUACAUAUCAUUCGCAGGAAGAGUAGAAUGAAUCAGAAUCUUUGAAUAAAACCUCAACCAACUAAAUCCUUUCGAAGACUU